AUUAGGAUGAUAAAGAUUGGAUUGACAGGAGGUAUUGCAUCUGGAAAGUCUACAGUACUAAAGUACUUGACAGAGUUGGGAGUUAGAUGUAUUGAUGCAGACAAGUUAGGUCAUGCAGUCUAUCGAAAGGGAGAACCAGCAUACUUGCGCAUCAUUGAUACGUUUGGCAAAGAUAUAGUGGCCGAUGAUGGAGAGAUUGAUCGACGCAAGGUUGGCUCCAUAGUCUUUGGCGAUGCACAACAAAUGAACAAGUUAUGCUCGAUUGUGUGGCCCGCGAUGCAAGUUCUGAUCGAGCAGGAGUUCACCGAGUCGCUCAAUCGCAAGGAGAAGGUCGUUGUGCUGGAGGCUGCCGUACUGAUCGAGGCUGGCUUUGUAGAUAUAGUCGAUCAGGUCUGGGUGACACGUAUCGACAAGUCUGUGGCAGUGGAGCGACUAAAGACGAGAAACAACCUCAGCGAGGAGGAUGCAUUGAAGCGCAUCAAUUCACAACUUAGCAACGAGGAGCGAGAGAAGCAUGCCGACGUUAUCUUUGACACCACUGGCGACUAUGAAGUAACCAAGAGGCGUGUCAUUGAGGAGUACAACAAGCUGACAGCUCAA